GGCUGCCUUGCUUUACGACGACAAUAAGCAUGGCGGCCGCCAGCGGCCGGUUUGAAAGUGAGAGGAGCAUCGCGGAGCGGAAGGAGCAGGCUCGGGCCGCCAGGGCGGAGGCGCUGCGCCAGGUCAAAGCUAAUUUUGAAAAAGAAGAAAGAUGUAAAGAACUUAAACGACUCCGGGGCGAGGAUACUUGGAUGCUUCCUGAUGUGAAUGAGCGGAUCGAACAGUUUGCCCAGGAACACUCUGUGAAGAAAAAGAAGAAAAAAGACAAACAUUCAAAAAAAGCAAAGAAAGAGAAGAAGAAAAAGAGCAAGAAACAGAAACAUGAAAAAAAUGAAUCAACAGACAGUUCAUCAAGCUCUGAAGAUGAGUGGGUUGAGGCAGUUCCAACCCAGGCUCCUGCCAAGGAAAAGGCCUGGAAAAUAAAAGAUGGAAAGUCAGAGGAAGAAAACCACCAGGAUGUUCAGAGGGAUGAAUGGAUGACCGUUGAUUUUAUGUCUGUUAAGACUGUGUCAUCGUCGUCACUCAAAGCUGGAAAGGAAAUUAAAAGGAAAAUAGAGCAGGAAAAGGCCCAGGCACUUGAACAGUCUAGACUUCUGGAAAGAGAACUGAACCCUUACUGGAAGGAUGGGGGAACGGGGCUGCCUCCAGAAGACAGUGGGGGGCCAUCGGCUAUGAAAGUUUCAGUAGUAGAAGAUGGUGGUUUAAGCUGGCUAAGGAAAUCUUAUCAAAGAAUGAAGGAACAGGCUGAGAAACAAAAUAGAAAUUUUGAAGAUAUCGUAGCUGAAAGAUAUGGGUCAAUGGAAAUAUUUCAGUCAAAAUUAGAAGAAGCCAAGAAAACGGCAUCAGCAAAAGAAGAUUGUGGACGAGAACGGUGGAGAAAGCCAACAUACUCUGAUAACACGUCAGGUCAUCAAGAAAGUAGAAGAUCAGACGCAUUUAAGUGUAACAGAAGUUCAAGGGACAGAUGUGGCGCAACCGAUCUUGCGGACGACAUCCAUGAGCAGAAGUUUAGUAGAGAUGAGAAAGAUAGUAGACGUGGGUCUGUAGAUGCUUGUGGAAGAGGCACUGGUCCAAGGCAAAGUCAAGACUUUCCUUCUCUUGGAAAUAGGAAACCCAAGUUCCUCAGACCCUCCGACGAUGAAGAACUGUCAUUUCCUCACAAGGGCCGACACGCGGAGCCUCCCUGGUCUUCUGUGCGUUGCGGGUUUCGGAAACCCACUGAAAACAGUGAAGAAAGUGUGGCGUCCUGGACUCAGUCUGAGCGCAGGGAAGCGGACACAAAGCGUUCAGAGCCAAAGCCAGCAGAAUCCGGCCCCACAGCUGACUCUCAGCGCCGUUCAGACGUGAGAGAAAGGUCGCCAGGUGCGGGUCCGAGAGUUGACCACAUGGAGCGUCGCCUGCAGGAUCCCGAGUCCCUGUCUGCUGGCAGAGGUAGUCCAGAGACUGAGUCUGUCCACGUCCUGAGCACUGAUGAAAAGAACAAGUUGGGAGCCAGGAUUAUCAAAGCAGAGAUGAUGGGAAAUACGGAAUUAGCUGAACAACUUAAAGCCCAACUUGAAAAGGCAAAUAAAUUCAAAGACACCAUAACACAGGUAUCAUCAAAGAAAUCGGAAGUCAAGGGUGAAGAUGAGCAGGAAGUGGUCCUGGUCCGAACAGAUCAUUCUGGGCACGUCUGGCCUGUGAGCGCACCAGCACAAUCUGCAGAGUCUACCAGGGGAAGAAGGAAGAGAUCCAUGGCCUCUACUCAUGAAGAGAAAUCAAGGGUUAGAUACUUUCAUGAUGAUGAUGAUCUAAGCUUGGAUGAUUUAGUCAAGAACGAGAAGAUGGGAACUGCUGAAACUCAAAACAAACUUUUUAUGAGAAUGGCAUCUAAGUUUAUGGGAAAAACAAACGGAGACUAUUAUACUCUGGACGACAUGUUCGUCUCCAAGGCGGCUGAGCGACAACAUCUGGGUGAAGAGGAAGAGAAUCAGAGGAAAAGGGCCAUUGCUGAGCAUCGGAGUCUGGUGGCUCAGAUGGACAAGUGUUUGUACUGUUUCGACAGCUCCCAGUUUCCCAAGCACCUUAUUGUCGCAAUAGGAGUCAAGGUUUACUUAUGUUUACCUAACGUUCGGUCCCUUACCGAGGGGCACUGCCUCAUCGUGCCUCUACAGCACCACCGAGCGGCAACCCUGCUGGACGAAGACAUCUGGGAGGAGAUGCAGAUGUUCAGAAAGUCAUUGGUAAAGAUGUUUGAAGAUAAAGGGUUGGACUGCGUCUUUUUAGAAACUAAUAUGAGCAUGAAGAAACAGUAUCAUAUGGUAUAUGAAUGUAUUCCUCUCCCCAAGGAAAUGGGUGACAUGGCUCCCAUCUAUUUUAAGAAAGCGAUAAUGGAAUCCGAUGAAGAGUGGUCUAUGAACAAGAAAUUAAUUGAUCUCUCUUCAAAAGAUAUCAGAAAGUCUGUCCCCCGAGGCUUACCUUACUUCUCUGUGGAUUUCGGCCUCCAAGGAGGGUUUGCCCACGUCAUUGAAGAUCAACACAAAUUCCCUCAUUACUUUGGCAAGGAAAUCGUUGGCGGGAUGUUGGACCUAGAGCCGAGACUCUGGAGGAAAGGGGUUCGGGAGAGCUUCGAGGACCAGAGGAAGAAGGCACUGCAGUUCGCUCAGUGGUGGAGACCUUUUGACUUCACCAAAAGUGAAAAAUGUUAAGUUUUUUGUUUCCUCCUCAGAUGCUUUGGUUUGAUUUCUGCUGCAUCUUCCUAAGCACUGAGGUGUAGCUCCUGGGGGGGGGCCAGGCUCCAGGCUCUGCCAUGUCCUUCCCCACCCACCCCUGGAGUAAGGCCAGCCGCAUCAGUGACCUGCCCUGGUGAAACCUUUUCAUUUACGACACCACAGGAUGCUCCUGAAGGUUACCUAGGAACUAGAGCAAAGCACUGCCUGCAAGGGGGUUGGUGGCUUUGCUUCAUUCAGUCUGUUGACUUUUUAAAACUGAGUUGGUAUAUUCAGGAAUCAUGGAAAUUUCUAUAGAAAAACUCUUCCUUUUCUAUGUGUGUGUGUGUGUGUGUGUGUGUGUGUGUGUGUGUGUGUACUCUCUUUAUUC